AUGACGCUUGACCAGCUCACCAAAGUUCACCGGGACGGGAUCGUUGAUGAUGAAAUCGUGUUUCGAGCACUAUGGCAACAGAAACAGUUUGAACAACUUCUACUUCCUGCGAUGCGUGGCUAUAGCUACGACGACGAUAUCGAUGAAGAAGAUAGUGAUGAACGACACGCAGCAUUGAAUGAUUUCUUUGAUGUCAGCGAUUCGGACGAUUAUCGACGACAGAUACUGCUAGGAACGGCCAAGUAUCGAUUCUGCAUGACUAUAACGUUGUCACCACCAUGUACUGAAAAUGGCUGGAUCCGGGACGAAAACGUAUCAUCAUCGAGGGCGGAUGAUGAUGAUGAUGAUAGCCCGGGUAAUCCGGAUGUCAUUUGGCGAAAGACGUUUUAUUCGCAACCUGAAGUGAUCUGGGGCACAACGUACCGCAUUCAAAUUGAGGCCCAAGUGAUUCCCCACCAUCUAUUGGUUAUCCAAGACGACGACGACGAUAGUGAUACUAAUGGAAGCAACAUUAGCAGAGUUGUUAAUGAUGACACACCUUCCCAAUUUACUUCAACCACUAUCCCCAAGCAACCACGCAUUCGAUACACCAUCCAUUGCCUCAAUCGACGGGAAGGUUUAAUUGAAAAUCAUCGGGUAGAUCCUGAAGACCGAAUGUUGGUGGCAGUAACAGACAUGAGUGAAGGGGAAGAUAAUUCCCAAACGGGAUACGUCGGCCAAGUUCAGUUGGAUGGAUAUGACCUCCGAGAACACAUCAAGGUCGAUACCGUUGUCUGCUUGGAUGUGUUUGGAUUCAACAAAUAUGUACAAUAA